AUGUUUAUAAUUAAUAUCCUCUCACUAACCAUCCCCAUUCUUCUCGCCGUAGCCUUCCUAACUUUAGUUGAACGAAAAGUACUAGGCUACAUACAACUCCGUAAAGGACCAAAUAUCGUAGGACCAUAUGGCUUGCUCCAACCCAUCGCAGACGCCGUAAAACUCUUCACCAAAGAACCCCUCCGGCCCCUUACAUCCUCCAUAUUUAUAUUCAUUAUAGCACCAAUCCUAGCUCUCACACUAGCCUUAACCAUAUGAAUUCCUCUACCCAUGCCAUACCCGCUCAUUAACAUAAACCUAGGAGUAUUGUUCAUACUAGCUAUAUCAAGCCUAGCUGUCUAUUCCAUCCUAUGAUCAGGAUGAGCCUCAAAUUCAAAAUACGCCCUAAUCGGAGCCCUACGAGCCGUAGCCCAAACAAUCUCAUACGAAGUCACACUAGCCAUCAUCCUCCUAUCAGUACUACUAAUAAAUGGAUCCUUCACACUAGCUACACUAAUCACCACCCAAGAGUAUAUAUGACUAAUUAUCCCUGCAUGACCCCUAGCCAUGAUAUGGUUUAUCUCAACCCUAGCAGAAACCAACCGAGCCCCAUUUGAUCUAACUGAAGGAGAGUCAGAACUGGUCUCCGGAUUCAAUGUAGAAUACGCAGCAGGCCCAUUCGCCCUAUUUUUCCUGGCGGAAUAUGCUAACAUCAUCAUAAUAAAUAUUCUCACAACAACCCUAUUCUUCGGAGCAUUCCAUAAUCCUUACAUACCAGAACUAUACGCCGCCAACUUUACAGCAAAGACCCUACUCCUAACAACCACUUUCCUAUGAAUUCGAGCAUCCUACCCACGAUUCCGGUACGACCAACUAAUACACCUCCUAUGAAAAAAUUUUCUACCCCUCACCCUAGCCCUAUGUAUAUGACACGUAUCACUACCUAUUAUCACAGCAAGUAUUCCACCCCAAACAUA